AUGCUCAGAUCUCCUGAGCCACAACUUGGGGGUGCAGGGACCACUGACCGCCUUCCUCAGACCAUGCUGCUGCCCCAGUCCAAGCCACUCACCUCCUUCCUCAUCCAGGACAUCCUGCGAGACUGCGCGGAGCAGCGUGGUCACACAUGCAUUUCGGAGUCGCAGCCCUCCAGUGAGCCGGACCAGUGCCAGUACCCAAAGCCAGAGCUGGAGCCAGAGCCCAAAGGAGCCCGAGGCCGUGCAGUGGGCCCCGAGGACGAGCUAAGCCUCCAGCCCGGCACCACUCCAGCGGAGGCUGGGAACCUAGAAGAGACCAAACCAGAUAGACAAUCUGAGACUUAUCUAUCAGGCUGUGAAGACACUUCAGGCACCUUACCAAGCCUCCUGACACAGACACCCAAGCAGCCACAGAAGCGUUCCCGGGCAGCUUUCUCCCACUCACAGGUUAUCGAGUUAGAGAGGAAAUUCAGCCAUCAGAAGUACCUGUCAGCCCCUGAAAGGGCUCACCUUGCCAAGAACAUCAAGCUCACUGAGACCCAAGUGAAAAUAUGGUUCCAGAACAGACGUUAUAAGACCAAGCGGAAGCAGAUCACCUCAGACUUGGAGAAGCACUCUUCCCUGCCAGUCCUGAAAGAGCAGGGCUUCUCCCCCGCCGCCUCCCUGAUCUCCAUGUAUAACAGCUACCCUUACUACCCCUACCUUUACUGCCUGGGGAACUGGAGCCCAGCUUUCUGGUAA